AUGGCGACGACAGCCGCCGCUUUGCUGUCCGCCGCCGGGCGCCGCCUCUGGCGCUCCUCCGCCUCCAGCAUCAUAUGCCGCGAAGUGAGCGGGCGCCACAGGCUGACCAUCGACGGUUGCGCGCCGUCGACGAAGCUCCCUCGGGACUGGUCGGCGACGUCCAAGGCCUUCGAGGCGGCGGGGUACACGUGGCAGAUCACCUACGCGCCCUACGGCUACGGCAACAGCUGGAGGGACAAGUACAUCUCCCUCCAGCUCGUCUACGGCGGCCACCAGCGGACGGACCCGCUCCACUUCAGCUUCAGCCUGCUGGACCCGGCCGGCGACCCCGUGCCGGCGUACACCCGCUCGGCGGAGCUGUGCUGGUUCGACGGCGAGUCGGUGCGCAAGCACGGGUUCCUGGACUUCAUCCGGUGGGAGGACCUGCAGCACUCCGGGUGCCUCAGGGACGACCGCUUCGUCGUCCAGUGCGACAUCACCGUCGUCAAGGACUGGGCCGUGAGCGCCGCCGCCGAGGACGUCGCUGCCGCCGUGGCCGCGGCUCGGGCGCGUGUCGCCGUGCCACCGUCCGACCUGCACGAGCACCUCGGCAGCCUCCUGUCGAAGAAACACGGGGCGGACGUGGCGAUAACCGUGGGCGGCGGCGGGGAGGCGACGACGUACGACGCGCACGCGUGGCUGCUGGCGGCGCGGUCGCCGGUAUUGGAGGCGGAGCUGCUCGCCACGUCGUCUAAGGACAAAUCCCUCGGCAGCGGCAGUGUCCGGCGUCGUCGCAUGGAGAUUCACGGCGUAGAGCCCAAGGUGUUCGAGGCGAUGCUGCACUUCCUGUACACCGACGCGCUGCCGGAGAUGGCGGAACGCGACGUCGUCGCCAUGGCCCAGAGCUUGCUCGCCGCGGCGCAUCGGUACGAGCUCGAGAGGCUGAAGCUCAUGUGCGCGGAGAUGCUGUGCAAGCGCAUCGACGUCAACACCGUGGCCGGCACCUUGGUGGUCGCCGAGCACCAUGGUUGCCGUGCGCUCAAGGACGCGUGCUUGGAGUUCAUGGCUGUUCCGGGGAAUCUGAAGCAAGUCAUGGACACCCAAGGCUACGAGAAGAUGAAAGCCAACUGUCCCGCUGUGUUGCUGGAGUUUGCUAUGAAAAGGAUGCAAGUGUGA